AUGAUGUGCUGGGCUCCAUUUUGGCUAAUUAUCAUUUCGAAGCGCUUCCGCCUUGUCACGAAAAUGCCUCGAAAUGUUCAACUCUUUUGCCUAUUUUUACUUUACCUGUCUAAUACAAUAAACCCAUUCAUCUACGCAGGCAUGAACCCUGUGUUCAGGAGAGAAUUUCGCAAAAUACUUUUCUGCCAACAAAGACGAAGGAUUGGUCUUUCUACUAGUACUGGAGCUGGAGAAGCAAAAAACGAAGAAUCGCAAAGCGUCAGUGUUCGCCAAAACUGUGAACAGAUAUCUACUGGUGAUCAUCGCACGCCCCAAGAAAUGGGAGAACGCUAAUCACGGUUAUCAUGCAGACAGGUCAAGGAAAAGGAGCAAGCAGCAAAAAUAUAGACAAAACUCUUGCUAUUUCCGCCUUUUAGAACGAUUUUAGCGCGAUGACGUGUUAGAUCGCCAAAGUCAUGGAGGGGUUCACAUUAUCCAGAAUUUUUCCCUCAUUUCUUAAACACAUGGAUAGUAAUAAGUUUGCAGUAAGUUUGCAGUGGCUGGAAAAUCAACUGACCAGGCUCAGCUCUGGUAUACAUUUUGCACUUUAGCCCGCGAAGCCUUGGAUAAGUGAAACUGUUCUCAACGGUUCUUUGUUGCUGGUUUCCGUAAGGGAUUUGAUUUGAUCGAGUAAAAAACUUCCUUUACAGAAUUGAAUUAUUUAAGUUCAACCUACAUUACUGCUUGGUUAGAUGGGUUCCCGGUUUUUUACAGGACAGAUCUCAAAUGGAACCUUUCGUGAAGAGAAGCAGAAGGAACAUAUUAAGUCCCUUAAUAAAACAUUAAAAAAAAAAACAAAAUAAUACUAAACAAAUAAAUAUACUGCCAAUAAGUCCCAAAAGGGAAAUUGCUUGGUUAUAAAGUAAACACAGACCUCAACCGUUAUCAAUCAUGGUUUUCUCCAUAAUUAGAGAAAUUUGAAUUUUCAAUAAAAUCCAAGAAAACGGCCAUUUAAAUCACGACGUCACCUGGUGUCCAGCAGCCAAAGAUAGGUUAGAGAGUGCUGGUCAUCUAUUAUAUGUUAAAUCUUUUAUCUUGCAACACAACACGGAAGGUUUUUCUCUAUAUCUAUGUAAAAGUGAUAAAAAACCGCAUGUAUGAAAAGAAAAUAUACUGGUAGAUAAGAAAGUAAAGGGUAGACAAAUACUUUAAGGAAAUAAGUUAAAUCACAUAAGAAAUUAAUUAACCUGAAAUAAAGAAAUAAAUGAUAUUCGAUUAAAGAAAUUCGCCUUAACUUAAAGAGUCUCUUAUAGCAAAAAUAAGCAGCCUGUGAUAGUCUACUAGUCCGCCGUCAGAAUGUAAUCUUAUUUUUCAGAAUGCGAGAUUAAUUGAUUGCUAAAACAACAACAUCAACAAACGGGAAUAAGAGACAGAGUGUUGUGUUGCGAUAAAAAAGCGAAAUGAAUGGAAGACGUCCUUUGACGUACACUGCAGUUGUCAAGAGUUUCCGUCAAUUAUGUCAAUUGUGUGGCAGUGUGAGAGCGAAAGCUAAAAAUGGCUGUGGUCACACUUGGGCUUUUUUUACUUUAGUAAAGUCGAGUUUACUACUGUAAACACGUUUUCUAAUGUGACCGGCUUUUCUCAUUUUACUAUGGUAAACACAGAUCUAGUCUGUUGCGGUGGCAACGGCGGUAGAAUGAAAGCAAAGUUUACUAUAGUAAACUUUCCUAAAACGAUAUGGUUUAUCGCUGGUAUAUCUAAACUUUGUCUAUUCAGUUGACAUCUAGUCGCAUUAUUUGAGAUGCGUUCCCUGAGUGUCACGUUGCUGAAUACUUAUACAUGUAUUUUUAGCACCGCCAGCCUAGUCUUUUCCUUUUUUCGUGCCAAACAGUACAGUAGAGAUGUCACAGUGACUCAGACAAUUUUCGCUUUCAUUCGAGGCAAGUCCACAGUAAAUUCUGGAUUUCAAGGAAUCAUACGCCUAGAGUCGAGCAUAAAUUUAGAAGUAAAUCAUUCAAUUCAAGUGUUUUUUACAUUUUUUCUAUCUAUUGUCUGAAUACGGCUUUUGGUUGGCACGCUUUUUUUAAGAAACCUUCAUGUUCUUUUCACUCUAGAGUUCCACCGUUCCUCAUUUCGUAAUCCCACCAGGCGGUUUUUCAGACGAUCACGGCUGCGAAGUAAUUCAGCAUCGACCGCUUAUAUUUGGCCGAGAAAAUAAUGGGAUAGAAACAGUAUAAGCAGCAGCAUAAUUUUCAGUGAAUGUAUGAUGUACAGACAGUCACGUAAACUGGAUGAAAAAUAAAACAUUCAUGGAAUGUCGUAAGAAUUAUCAACUGUCCUCACGCUCAUCAUUUGAGUGACAUAUUUCUGUUGGGAAACCCAACUAAUGAGUUUUACUAUAGUAAAGUUUCUUUACAUCCUUUUUACCACGGUUAAAACCUUUUACCAACGUCAAAUCCCAAGUGUGACCGCAGCCAAUAUAAUCAAGACUUCAAACUUAUUUCUGCACGUUGAAGUAAGCCAAAACUAACAAGGAUGUCAUUUUUGAAAACUGAAAGCUGAAACGUUCUGCUGUUGAUUUUGCGGAUCGGAGGUCUCGCCCCUGAUGCUUGGUACACGGUGAAAGGGAAGUGAAAGACCAUAUAUGGCGUUCACGAAAAUUUAUAGCGGAACUGAGAACUAAUGUUUACUGAAACCCCUUAUUAAGCUUUCUUAGUUUAUUACUCAAGCAUAAUCACUCCCCCAGGCACCAAAUUUACAAGUCUUUUCAGAAGAACUAAGCACCAAUGGCGGACGAUCUAAGCUCUCGAAGCCUAGCUUUGACCAUCGUGGAAGCCAGCUCUUUGGUAAUUCUAAACGUGUUGUCCCUUAUAGGAAACACUCUGGUUUGUAAUCUGUUUUACAAAACCACGCGACUUCGAACAACAACGAAUCUAUACAUCAUCGCACUUGCUGUGAGUGACCUGCUGUCCGCCAUUUUUGUUAUGCCCUUCGGUGUUGGGGUGCUGAUCGCAAGUGAUUGGAUCUUCGGUGAAACGAUGUGUAAAAUUGAAGCUUUCUUCGUUUGUUUUGUUGCCUACGUCUCGCCCGCUACUAUGGGUUUAACAGCAAUAAACAGAUACUUUAGGAUUUGUAAAACAGAGCAGCAAUACAGGAGGUACUUUUCACCGCGGAAGUCACGAACAUGGUUGGCCUGUGUGUGGAUCUUUGUUGCUUUUUACGCUGUGGUUCCAAAGUUGGUUGGUCUUCAAGAUUAUGCGUUCGUUCCGGGAUAUGGCAUCUGCGCCCUCGCCUUUCUAAGCGAAACUGGCAAAAUAAUCAAUUACUGCAUUGUCCUAGGCCUAUUGCUCGCUUUUCCUUUAGCGGCAGCCAUAGUUAGCUACAUAAACGUAGCAAAGAUAAUCCGACAGCAUAACCAGGAGACUAAAUCUACGAGGCGACAGCAGCGUAAUAAGCGCAUAAGUGCACGGGAGAUCAAACUUAGCAAAUCGCUUUUCGUUGUUGUCUUCGCUUUCAUGAUGUGCUGGGCCCCAUUUUGGAUCAUCAUUGUGUUCAAGCGCUUCCGUGUUGUCGCGAAAAUGGCGCGUAACGUUCAACUGUUUUGCUUAUUUCUUCUUUAUUUGUCCAAUACAAUUAAUCCUUUCAUAUACGCCGGCAUGAAUCCUUUAUUCAGAAGAGAAGUCCGCAGAUUCUUAUCAUGUAACCGAAAACGGAGUUUAACACUGAAGCCGAGGAAAUCCGUCCAACAACAAGACAGCUGCGUCACGUCAACGGACAUUACUCGGACUCCCAAUGGCAGCCAGCUGUAUCUCAAAGAAACAACAGUUACUAUGAACACCCCUGAUGAUGAUAAGGGAGGAGAGGGAAACUCUGGUUUGUUAAACUAG